AUGUUGUUAAAGACAGUAUGCCACGAAAUUGACGAUGUUAUGAUCUCUAUGGGACAAUAUAGGGCUCAAGUAACGCCAUCGACUACAGCGACGACAACACCGACAACUACAAACCUACAGCAGGGCGUCCAACAAGAUCAUCCACCUCAAGCGGCUCCUCAACAUCGUCCACCAGCACCCGUGGAUAGUGGUGGUCCUCCAGCGCAACAACAAGAGAUCGUAAUCCCACCUUCUACGGCAACAACCACUACAACGUCGGGGACUACUGCACCUGGAACAACUACAAUGGGUCCAACUGGUUCCACUACAACUGGAGCCACUACAACAACCACUACUAUGCCAACCACAACGAUAAGUCCAACCCCGGGUACUACAGAAAAAACUGACGAAGUCACCAAGAAGGAGGGACGUGAUGAAAGAGGUGGAUGUGACAAAGCUCAGAAAUGGAGGACAUAUAUGGAAAAAGCGUUGGAAUGUGGCGCUGAAGGAAUGUUGACGGAAUUUCGUCUAAUUCGUGGACACAUCCCACCUUUUUGUACACGUCAAGGAUUUGAUGCAAAUUUUGAGAAGAACAGAUUUGAAGAUGUAGUUUGUGUCGAUCAAAGCCGAGUUCAACUCAAUUCUGGCAGCUAUAUACAUGCGAGUUGGGUGAAUAUUACAGCUAACAGAAAGGAUAUUCUAACUCAGCUUCCGCUUCCUGAAAGUGGCUCAGAAUUCUGGCAAAUGAUACUGGAUACAGAUAUUCAAGCGAUCCUACUUAUACUCACACAUGCAGAAUUCAAUAUGUUCCAUGCUAAUAGCGUAUUUCCCGGCGAACAGGAUUUCCUUCAUUUCAAGGAUAGUCAUAUCCGUGUAGGAGAAUUCAAACGAGUAAUCAUCGACAGGGAUUGGUCUUUGCAUGUAAUUUCCGUACGAAACUCUGAGAAGAGAAGGUUUAUACACAUGCAUCACUAUACUGGAUGGACACAUGGCAAACAACCAGUCCGUAUUCUCGACCUAUGGCAGAUUCAAUCUGUUUUCAGGAGGUACCAUCAUCCGCAUGUGUACAUGAGCUUAUCUGGAUGUGGACGUGCCGGUACCUACGCCGCUUUUGAGAUCGCUCAUGAACGUCUACAUUCGGAUAAUUUCCAAAAAUUGAACAUUAUGGACUGUGUUUGUCGUGCACGUAAUGGACGUAUGCAUUCCGUACAACGUACGAUACAAAUGCAAACAAUACAUGCGGCCAUCAUGGAACACAUCAUGGGAAAUAAAUUCGCCACCACUCUGCCACCAAAUUUGGUGCAAAAAUACGAAGAAUUCAGUUCACGAUUUAAUAGAUGUGCUGAACUUCAGCAAGAUCUACUAUAA